GAACGUGUCCCAGCUGAUCUCUAUUAUCAUGUGACUCAUGUUCAGGGCGUUUCCUGUUUAAAGUUUACUUUCUCUUUCACACAGGUUGUGUCGCAGUUAGUUUCCUCCGUUUGGAGCUCCAGCUGAAGAUGAGAGGCUGAGUUCAGCAGCAUGGAUCAGUGUGAGGACAGAGAGACCACUCUGUGUGGGGAACAGGACCGCCAGACCAAAGCUCAGAGCCCAGAGCAGCAGCUCACACCUGACUCUGAUGGACCUGGACCUGGACCUAAACCAGAACCCAGCUGUGUGUCCAUGAAGAGUGACCGGUCUAAGAAUUGGCCUGUGACCUUCAAAGAUGGACGUCACUCUGUUGAUACAAGGAGAAAGCUGGAAGAACCAGAACCCAGCUGUGUGUCCAUGAAGAGUGAUCGGUCUAAGGAUUUGAUUAUAAACUUCAAAGAUGGACGUCACUCUGUUGAUCAAAGAGUGGACCAGGAGAUCUCAGAGGUUCCCAGUGGUCAGUCUACCCAGCAGCAUCAAACACACCUGGACUCCAUAUUUAUGCUGCUGGAGGAUGACAUUGUCAUGUUUGUGAAGAAUGAGCUGAAGAAGAUCCAGAAGGUUUUGAGUCCAGAUUACCCAGAAUGCUCAGAGAAUCAGAGGGAGGGUGAGGAGGUGUUGGAUGGUGAAGAUGAAGAGCAGAGGAGGAGCAGCAGAGAGGCAUUUCUAAAGAUCACACUGCACUUCCUGAGGAGAAGGAAGCAGGACGAGCUGGCUGACUGUCUGCAGAGCAAAGAAGAUCUGGACGUGUUUGACCUGAAGAAAUACUCUGCUUCAGAGGAGGCUCUUCUGAGGCUGCUGCCAGUGGUCAAAGCCUCUAAAAAAGCUCUACUGAGUGGCUGUAACCUGUCAGAGAGAAGCUGUGAAGCUCUGUCCUCAGUUCUGAGCUCUGAGUCCUCUAGUCUGAGAGAGCUGGACCUAAGUAACAACAACCUGCAGGAUUCAGGAGUGAAGCUGCUGUCGGCUGGACUGAAGAGUCCACACUGCACACUGGAGACUCUCAGUCUGUCAGGCUGUCUGAUCUCAGAGGAAGGCUGUUCUUCUCUGGUCUCAGCUCUGAGCUCCAACCCCUCCCAUCUGAGAGAGCUGGACCUGAGCUACAAUCAUCCAGGAGACUCAGGAGUGAAGCUGCUGUCGGCUGGAUUGAAGGAUCCUCUCUGGAGACUGGACACUCUCAGGGUGGAGCCUGCUGGAGUCAGAUGGUUGACACCAGGUCUGGAAGGUGUGGUGGAGCUGCUUGCAGAGUUUGACCCAGUGAUGAGCGAGCAUGUCAGACGAGCUGAGACAAAAGAGAUUGCUGACCAUUAUCUGGGGAAAACUACACAAAAUGAGCUGAUCACUCUUAUUGGAGACAAGACAGUGGAAGCAAUAAUACAAGGAGUAAAACAAUCCCAUUACUACUCUGUGAUAAUGGACUGCACCCCGGACGCUGCACACAUAGAGCAGCUCUCUGUGACACUGCGCUUCGUCAAGUGCCAAAUCGGUGCCGGGGCUACUGUUGGAGAGCAUUUUGUCGGUUUCCUACCAGUGCUUGACACAUCAGGAGCAGGGCUAACAGGUGUCUUCUUGAAGCAUUUGGAGAAGUUAGGCCUGGAUGUCGAAAAAUGCAGGGGACAGGCGUAUGAUAACGGUAGCAACAUGCAGGGGAAAAAUAGCGGUGUGCAGAAAAGGGUGCUUGAUAUCAACAAAAAAGCUCUGUUCAUGCCAUGCGGCCACAGUCUAAACCUCGUCAUUGUAGAUGCUGCGAAGUCAACAGUGGAGUCUGUGAGCUUCUUUGGGGUGCUGCAACGUGACAGUGAGACUGCGUCUGCUGCCAGAGGCCUUGAACAGGAGAUAACGAGCUGGAAAUUGCUGCUUACUGUCAUCAUCUGGUUCAACAUUCUACAUGAGGUUCAUCGUGUCAGCAAGCUGCUCCAGAGCCCACAAGUUGGGAUUGAUGUGCUACAGUACGAGGUGGGACAUGUUCUUAAAUUCCUAAAGGAAUACAGAGAGAACGGCCUUUCAUCCGCCCAGACAGAUGCUAGAGACAUCGCGGAAGAGAUGGAGAUGCCAAUGGUCUUCCCCACAACACGAGGCCGAAAACCCAAACGCCAGUUUCCAAGAGAGGAAAUGAAAAGGGCCGUGGAAACUUACACCCUCAAAGAAAGCUGCGCAAAUGUAGAAAAAACCCUCGGCGAUGUGGACGCUGAGGACCUUGUGUGCGAGAUCUCGGCUGCUGUCACUGCCGCGCCAGCAAAAGACACCACUGGCCUGCAGAUUCUGAGCUACAUUUACAGAAACAAUUUAGUUGAACUGUAUCCAAACCUCAGCAUUGCUCUCCGACUCAUGACGACAGUGCCUGUGACUGUAGCGAGCGGAGAGAGGAGUUUCUCUCGCUUGAAGCUAAUAAAAACACACCUGAGGUCAACAAUGCUCCAGGAGCGGCUGUCAGCUCUCGCUCAGAUUUCUAUUGAGCACGAGGUGACAAAAUCGCUGGACAAAGAUGAACUUAUCAGGGCAUUCUCAGCACUCAAACACAGAAGGGCACCUACAAGUUCCUGGACAUUUCUGGGGGGCAGAAACCCUCCGAUCCAACAGGUCCCAGACAAGCUCAAUGGGAUUGAGAUCUGGGCUCUUCGCUGGCCAUGGCAGAACACUAACAUUCCUGUCUUGCACAGAACGAGCGCAGGGAAGGGAGAAGAACCUGCUCUGCAGCCACUCGGGGAGGAGAACCCUGAGCCACCCAAGAAGAAAACAGCCCUGCUACUGAUGGGAUCAGACUCAGAAUCAGAUGAGGAGACACCAGAAGACAAUACUGUAGAGAGGUACAAGGUAGAGCGCAGUGCCAGUCUAGAUCAGUGUCCACUGAAGUGGUGGUCGGAGCACACUGCUGUCUAUGGGCGUUUCCUGUUUAAAGUUUACUUUCUCUUUCACACAGGUUGUGUCGCAGUUAGUUUCCUCCGUUUGGAGCUCCAGCUGAAGGCUGAGUUCAGCAGCAUGGAUCAGUGUGAGGACAGAGAGACCACUCUGUGUGGGGAACAGGACCGCCAGACCAAAGCUCAGAGCCCAGAGCAGCAGCUCACACCUGAGUCUGAUGGACCUGGACCUGGACCUGAACCUGAACCCAGCUGUGUGUCCAUGAAGAGUGACCGGUCUAAGAAUUGGCCUGUGAACUUCAAAGAUGGACGUCACUCUGUUGAUACAAGGAGAAAGCUGGAAGAACCAGAACCCAGCUGUGUGUCCAUGAAGAGUGAUCGGUCUAAGGAUUUGAUUGUAGACUUCAAAGAUGGACGUCACUCUGUUGAUCAAAGAGUGGACCAGGAGAUCUCAGAGGUUCCCAGUGGUCAGUCUACCCAGCAGCAUCAAACACACCUGGACUCCAUAUUUAUGCUGCUGGAGGAUGACAUUGUCAUGUUUGUGAAGAAUGAGCUGAAGAAGAUCCAGAAGGUUCUGAGUCCAGAUUACCCAGAAUGCUCAGAGAAUCAGAGGGAGGGUGAGGAGGUGUUGGAUGGUGAAGAUGAAGAGCAGAGGAGGAGCAGCAGAGAGGCAUUUCUAAAGAUCACACUGCACUUCCUGAGGAGAAGGAAGCAGGACGAGCUGGCUGACUGUCUGCAGAGCAGGAGUCAUUCUGGAGUUUGUAAGCGUAAACUCAAAUCUAACCUAAACAAGAAGUUCCAGUGUGUGUUUGAGGGGAUUGCUAAAGCAGGAAACCAAACCGUUCUGAAUCAGAUGUUCACAGAGAUCUACCUCACAGAGGGAGGGACUGCAGAGGUCAAUGAUGAACAUGAGAUCAGACAGAUUGAAACAGCAUCCAGGAAACCAGACAUCCCAGAAUCAACAAUCAGACAAGAAGACAUCUUUAAAACCCCACCUGGAAGAGAAGAACCAAUCAGAACAGUGAUGACAAAGGGAGUGGCUGGCAUCGGGAAAACAGUCUUAACACAGAAGUUCACUCUGGACUGGGCUGAAGACAAAGCCAACCAGGACAUCCAGUUCAUAUUUCCAUUCACCUUCAGAGAGCUGAAUGUGCUGAAAGAGAAAAAGUACAGCUUGGUGGAACUUGUUGAUUACUUCUUUAGUGAAACCAAAGAAGCAGGAAUCUGCAGGUUUGAAGAGUUCCAGGUUGUGUUCAUCUUUGACGGUCUGGAUGAGUGUCGACCUCCUCUGGACUUCCACAACACUGAGAUCCUGACUGAUGUCACAAAGUCCACCUCAGUGGGUGUGCUGCUGACAAACCUCAUCAGGGGCAAACUGCUUCCCUCUGCUCGCCUCUGGAUAACCACACGACCUGCAGCAGCCAAUCAGAUCCCUCCUGGGUGUGUUGACAUGGUGACAGAGGUCAGAGGCUUCACGGACCCACAGAAGGAAGAGUACUUCAGGAAGAGAUUCAGAGAUGAGGAGCAGGCCAGCAGAAUCAUCUCCCACAUCAAGACAUCACGAAGCCUCCACAUCAUGUGCCACAUCCCAGUCUUCUGCUGGAUCACUGCUACAGUUCUGGAAGACGUGUUGAAGACCAGAGAGGGAGGAGAACUGCCCAAAACUCUGACUGAGAUGUACAUCCACUUCCUGGUGGUUCAGUCCAAACAGAAGAACGUCAAGUAUGAUGGAGGAGCUGAGACGGAUCCACACUGGAGUCCAGAGAGCAGGAAGAUGAUUGAGUCUCUAGGAAAACUGGCUUUUGAGCAGCUGCAGAAAGGCAACCUGAUCUUCUAUGAAUCAGACCUGACAGAGUGUGGCAUCGAUAUCAGAGCAGCCUCAGUGUACUCAGGAGUGUUCACACAGAUCUUUAAAGAGGAGAGAGGACUGUACCAGGACAAGGUGUUCAGUUUCGUCCAUCUGAGUGUUCAGGAGUUUCUGGCUGCUCUUCAUGUCCAUCUGACAUUCACCAACUCUGGAGUCAAUCUGCUGUCAGAAGAACUAACAACCUCACGCUCGUGGUUUAUAAUUAGAAACAAACCUAAACCAUCAUGUUUCUACCAGAGUGCUGUGGACGAGGCCUUACAGAGUCCAAAUGGACACCUGGACUUGUUCCUCCGCUUCCUCCUUGGUCUUUCUCUUCAGACCAAUCAGACUCUCCUUCAAGGCCUGCUGAAACAAACAGGAAGUAGCUCACAGACCAAUCAGGAAACAGUCAAGUACAUGAAGGAGAAGAUCAGUGAGAAUCUGUCUGCAGAGAAAAGCAUCAAUCUGUUCCACUGUCUGAAUGAACUGAAUGAUCAUUCUCUAGUGGAGGAGAUCCAACAGUACCUGAGUUCAGGACGUCUCUCCACAGAUAAACUGUCUCCUGCUCAGUGGUCAGCUCUGGUCUUCAUCUUACUGUCAUCAGAAGAAGAUCUGGACGUGUUUGACCUGAAGAAAUACUCUGCUUCAGAGGAGGCUCUUCUGAGGCUGCUGCCAGUGGUCAAAGCCUCUAAAAAAGCUCUGCUGAGUGGCUGUAACCUGUCAGAGAGAAGCUGUGAAGCUCUGUCCUCAGUUCUGAGCUCUGAGUCCUCUAGUCUGAGAGAGCUGGACCUGAGUAACAACAAUCUGCAGGAUUCAGGAGUGAAGCAUCUGUCUCCUGGACUAGAGAGUCCACACUGUAAACUGGACACACUCAGACUGAGUGGCUGUAACCUGUCAGAGAGAAGCUGUGAAGCUCUGUCCUCAGUUCUGAGCUCUGAGUCCUCUAGUCUGAGAGAGCUGGACCUAAGUAACAACAACCUGCAGGAUUCAGGAGUGAAGCUGCUGUCGGCUGGACUGAAGAGUCCACACUGCACACUGGAGACUCUCAGUCUGUCAGGCUGUCUGAUCUCAGAGGAAGGCUGUUCUUCUCUGGUCUCAGCUCUGAGCUCCAACCCCUCCCAUCUGAGAGAGCUGGACCUGAGCUACAAUCAUCCAGGAGACUCAGGAGUGAAGCUGCUGUCGGCUGGAUUGAAGGAUCCUCUCUGGAGACUGGACACUCUCAGGCUGAGUGGCUGUAACCUGUCAGAAAGAAGCUGUGAAGUUCUGUCCUCAGUUCUCAGCUCCGAGUCCUCUAGUCUGAGAGAGCUGGACCUGAGUAACAACAACCUGAAGGAUUCAGGAGGGAAGCUGCUGUCAGCUGGACUUCAGAGUCCACACUGUAAACUGGAGAAUCUCAGUCUGUCAGGCUGUCUGAUCUCAGAGGAAGGUUGUUCAUCUCUGGUCUCAGCUGUGAGGUCCAACCCCUCCCAUCUGAGAGUGCUGGACCUGAGCUACAAUCAUCCAGGAGACUCAGGAGUGAAGCUGCUGUCGGCUGGACUUGAGGAUCCACUCUGGAAACUGGAAACUCUCAGGGUGGAGCCUGCUGGAGUCAGAUGGUUGACACCAGGUCUGAUACUCCUCUACUGGCUCCAAGGCAAGUCCCCGCGCUUAUGUCGCAAGGGAUGCCAGAUGAUGGUGCUGAGUUCAGAAAACACAAAUGCACAGGUAGAGGGUCCCAGUCUGUAA